UUUUUGUUGGGAAAUGCCCAGAUUGUGGACUGGCCUGUAGUUUAUAGUAAUGACGGGUUUUGUAAACUCUCUGGUUAUCAUCGAGCUGACGUCAUGCAGAAGAGUAGCACCUGCAGUUUUAUGUAUGGUGAACUGACAGACAAGAAGACCAUUGAAAAAGUCAGACAGACUUUUGACAACUAUGAGUCAAACUGCUUCGAAAUUCUCCUCUACAAGAAAAACAGAACCCCAGUUUGGUUCUACAUGCAAAUUGCACCUAUAAGAAAUGAGCAUGAAAAAGUGGUUUUGUUCUUGUGCACUUUCAAGGAUAUCACUUUAUUCAAACAACCGAUUGAAGAUGAUUCAACAAAAGGUUGGACCAAGUUUGCUCGGCUGACACGGGCGCUGACCAACAGUCGGAGUGUGCUGCAGCAGCUGACGCCCAUGAACAAGGCUGAGGUGGUGCACAAGCACUCCCGGUUAGCUGAAGUUCUCCAGCUGGGAUCUGAUAUUCUUCCUCAGUACAAGCAAGAAGCUCCAAAGACUCCACCACACAUUAUACUACACUACUGUGCUUUUAAGACCACCUGGGACUGGGUCAUCUUAAUCCUAACCUUCUACACAGCAAUUAUGGUUCCAUAUAAUGUGUCCUUCAAGACAAAACAAAACAACAUUGCCUGGCUCGUGCUGGACAGUGUGGUGGACGUUAUAUUUCUGGUCGACAUUGUUUUGAACUUUCAUACAACCUUUGUUGGUCCUGGCGGAGAGGUCAUAUCUGAUCCCAAACUCAUACGGAUGAACUACCUGAAAACAUGGUUUGUGAUUGAUCUUCUGUCCUGUUUACCAUAUGACAUCAUCAAUGCCUUUGAGAAUGUGGAUGAGGGGAUCAGUAGCCUCUUCAGUUCCUUAAAAGUGGUGCGUCUUCUACGACUUGGUCGAGUUGCCAGGAAGUUGGACCAUUAUCUGGAAUAUGGUGCUGCUGUACUGGUGCUGUUGGUGUGUGUGUUUGGACUGGUGGCCCACUGGCUAGCCUGCAUAUGGUACAGCAUUGGGGACUAUGAAGUUAUAGAUGAACUCACUAAUACAAUCAAAACAGAUAGUUGGCUCUACCAGUUAGCCCUGAGUAUUGGGACACCAUAUCGCUACAACACCACUGGCUCAGGGCAGUGGGAAGGAGGACCCAGUAAAGACUCCUUGUACAUAUCCUCUCUCUACUUUACCAUGACAAGCCUUACAACGAUAGGAUUUGGAAACAUAGCACCAACCACUGAUGGAGAGAAGAUAUUUUCAGUGGCCAUGAUGAUGGUUGGCUCUCUUCUUUAUGCAACUAUUUUUGGAAAUGUCACCACCAUUUUCCAGCAAAUGUAUGCCAACACCAACCGAUACCAUGAGAUGCUCAACAAUGUGAGGGAUUUCCUAAAAUUAUAUCAAGUCCCAAAAGGCCUUAGUGAAAGAGUCAUGGAUUAUAUUGUCUCAACCUGGUCCAUGUCGAAAGGAAUUGACACAGAAAAGGUUCUCUCAAUUUGCCCGAAGGACAUGAGAGCAGAUAUUUGUGUGCACCUGAACCGGAAGGUGUUCAAUGAGCACCCUGCUUUCCGGCUGGCCAGCGACGGCUGCCUGCGAGCCCUGGCUGUGGAGUUCCAGACCAUCCAUUGUGCCCCAGGGGACCUCAUCUAUCAUGCUGGGGAAAGUGUUGAUGCUCUUUGCUUUGUGGUCUCAGGAUCCUUAGAAGUCAUCCAGGACGAUGAGGUGGUGGCUAUUUUAGGUAAAGGUGAUGUGUUUGGUGAUAUCUUCUGGAAGGAAACCAGUCUGGCCCACGCCUGUGCCAAUGUACGGGCUCUGACAUACUGCGAUCUACACAUUAUUAAACGAGAAGCCUUGCUGAAAGUCUUGGACUUUUAUACUGCUUUUGCAAACUCCUUCUCAAGGAAUCUCACCCUCACCUGCAAUUUGAGGAAACGGCGUCUGCGCCAGAAGAACGAGGUGACACUGAGCAUCCCUGUGGACCACCCUGUGAGGAAACUCUUCCAGAAAUUCAAACAGCAAAAGGAGAUGCGCAAUCAAGGCUCAAGCCACAUCGAUCCGGAAAGGAACCAGCUUCAGGUGGAAAGCAGGAGCGUGCAGAACGGAGCCGCCAUCACAGGCACCAGCGUGGUCACCGUGUCUCAGAUCACUCCCAUCCAGACGACUCUGGCCUACAUGAAAACCAGCGAGGCAGUGAAGCAGAACAACCGGGAUGCGAUGGAGCUCAAGCCAAACGGAAACGGAGACCAAAAAUGUCUCAAAGUCAACAGUCCCAUGCGGAUGAAAAACGGGAAUGGGAAAGGCUGGCUUCGACUGAAAAACACUAUGGGGACCCACGAGGAGAAGAAGGAGGACUGGAACAACGUCACGAAGGCUGAGUCCAUGGGGUUGCUGUCUGAUGACCCCAAGUCCAAUGACUCAGAGAAUGGUGUAAAUAAAAACCCACUGAGGAAAACAGACUCUUGUGACAGUGGAAUAACAAAAAGUGACCUUCGCUUGGAUAAAGCUGGUGAGACUCGCAGUCCCCUGGAGCACAGCCCCAUUCAGGCGGAUGCUAGGUGUCCUUUCUACCCCAUUCCUGAGCAGGCCUUACAAACCACGCUGCAGGAAGUCAAGCAUGAACUCAAAGAAGAUAUCCAGCUGCUAAGCAGUAGGAUGGCUGCCCUUGAGAACCAGGUGGCCGAAAUUUUAAAAAUAUUGUCUGAAAAGAACGUAUCGCAGCUCUCUUCCCCCAAGUCUCAUUUAUCACCUCAGCUUCCCCCCCAGAUACCCUGUCAGGAUAUUUUUAGUGUUUCAAGGCCUGCAUCACCUGAAUCAGAAAAAGAUGAAAUCCACUUUUAG